AUGCUGUAUAACACGCAGCUAUUCUGGCCGCAGGGCGACGCUCAGGUGGAAGAGGGGACCAAAGUGGAGCUCAUCGUGUCCCUAGACCAAGCCUGCAAGGCAGCCCUGGAGGGGAGGAUGGUCCAGGAGUGGCCGAACACCUUGUCCACCAGCUUUGGAUUAGAUUCCUGCCCUUACUACGUCAUGGAAAACCACUACAUCACAGCUCCCCUGUCUCCAGAAGAAGCCGCCUUCCCUCUAGCGUAUGCCAUGGCCAUCAGCGAAGACUUUGAAACGUUUGAACGGCUCUUCCGAGCCAUUUACAUGCCCCAAAACGUCUACUGCGUCCACAUAGAUAAGGCGGCCCCCCUGCUGUUUAAAAUGUCUGUGAUCGAAUUGCUGGGCUGCUUCUCCAACACCUUUCUGUCCUCGCAGUCGGAGUACGUUAUUCACGGGGGCAUAUCCCGGCUGCAGGCGGUGCUGGCCUGCAUGAAAGACCUCUUAGGGUCCCAAGUCCAGUGGCGCUACGUCAUCAACACGUGUGGCCACGAUUUCCCCUUGAAAACCAACCGCGAGAUCGUGCGUUAUUUGAAAUCCCUGAAGGGGCAGAACGUGACCCCGCGGAUGCUGCCCGUGCACAAGCUGGCCACGAGGGUCAGGUACGUGCACAGGCCGCACAGGACGCGUUCCCACGCUUUCCUCCGCCAGAGACGCUUGAGGAAGAGCCCGCCCCCCGAAGAGCUGCAGCUCCACUUCGGCUCCAUGUACGUGGCCCUCACAAGGAAGUUCGUUCAUUUCGCGCUUUUUGACAAGAGAGCCACUGACUUGCUCUCCUGGUCCCAAGACACCUACGGCCCCGACGAACACUUCUGGAUUACACUCAACAAGCUCCCCGACGCCCCAGGAUCCAUGGCCCAAGAAGUCCCAGCUGCAAGCCUUAGAGCUGUCAAGUGGAUGUUCCAGGAAGAGACGCACAAAGGUUGCCAUGGCCAUUAUUGGCAGGGUAUGUGUGUCUACGGACCUGGGGACCUCAAGUGGCUGUACGAGUCUCCCAGCAUGUUUGCUAACAAGCUUCAGCUGGAGGCAUACCCACUUACAGUGGAAUGCCUGGAAAUAAGGAUUCGAGAGCGAAUGCUCAAUCAGAGCGAGGUCCCAGUGCAGCUAGACUGGUAUCUGCUGCCAAAGUAAGAGCUGCUUUGGGAAGACCGGUACAAACAGUCAACAAUAAAAGACCCCGGUGACUCUUACUCUGGAGUAUGCACUCAUAAAUGUCACGUAGGACACGUUGCGGAACCGUGAGCAGCCUGUGAACUCUCAGUGCGCAUGUCAGGUCACUGGAAGAGAAAUGACAUGCUUUAAACUCUGUUCUUUGGAAGGCCAAGCUACGAAGUGAGGAGAGGAGAUCUUUCAUCAGCUGAUUUACUCUCUGACUUGCCACAACAGCCAGGACGGACGGGGUCAGGAGCCAGGCAUCGCAGGCAUAACGCAGUGUGUCCCCAAAAUCUACUUGAUAAAUGACUUUAGAAUAAAGCUCAGUUUGCUGUAGUUGGCACUUUCAAUCCACAGUGGCUGCUUCAUAGAACCCAAUGAGAGGUAGGCACACGCAUCUCCUGUGCAGCAUUUCAAUAAAGGAGUGUCCCUCCAGUGAGGAGUCCAGCUACUUCAUAAGUAGGUAAAGACACGUAAGUACCUUAAAAUCCAAAAGCCACAAAAGGAUGG